CUCAUGUGCCCAUGAGCACAGUUGCAGCCUCCUGGAGGAGAUGCCAUGACCUUCACCUUCACAGCCCUGCUCUGUCUGGGACUGACUCUGGGCCUCAGGACACCAGUGCUGGCCGGGGCCCUAGCUAAGCCUAUCCUCACAGUUCAGCCAGACUCUGUGGUAUACAAACAAACUACAGUGACCUUCUUUUGUGAGGGGACCACAGGAGCUAAACAGUACAUACUCUAUAAAGAGAGAUCCCAGUAUCUACGGAGCACAGAGAUUCCACAGAGGCCUAAGAACAAGGCAGAAUUCUCAAUCCCAAAAAUAGACCACAAUCAAGCAGGUCGAUAUCAAUGUUGCUAUCAGACUCAAGAUGGAUGGUCAGAGUUCAGUGACUCCCUGGAGCUGGUGGUGACAGGAGUACACAGCAAACCCAGCCUGUCAGCCAAGCCCAGCCCUGUGGUGACUGAGGGAGGACAUGUAACCCUCCAGUGUGUCUCAAAACAACGAUACCACAGGUUCAUUCUGACUGGGAAAGGAACACGGAAUAUCUCACAAAUGCUGCAUUCAAAGUAUAACUUCUCUAAUCAGCACUACAAGGCCCUGUACUCUGUGGGCCCUGUGACCUCCAGACAAAGGUGGACAUUCCAAUGCUACAGCAAUUACGAGAGAAGCCCAUUGGUGUGGUCAGAGCCUAGUGACCCUCUGGAGCUCCUGUUCUCAGGGACCCUCCACAAACCCACCAUCAAGGCUGAGCCAGCCUCUGUGGUCACAUCAGGAAGUCACAUGACAAUCUGGUGUCAAGGGACUCUGGAUGCAGAAAUAUGUGUUCUGCAUAAAGAGGGAAGCCAAAAACCCUGGGGCACACAGACCCGAGAGAAGCCUGAAAAUAAGGCCAAGUUCUCCAUCCCUUCUGUGACCCAGCAACAUGGGGGACAAUAUCGCUGUUACUGUUACAGCUCAGCAGGCUGGUCAGAGCGCAGUGACAACAUGGAACUGGUGGUGACAGGAAUCUACCACAACAAACCCAGCCUGUCAGUCCUGCCCAGCCCUGUGGUGGCUUUAGGAGAGAACAUGACCCUCCAGUGUGUCUCCAAGGAGGGAUAUGAUAAACUUGUUCUCACCAAGGAUGACCAGAAGUUCCUCAGCUCUAUGAACUCACAGUUCAUACACAGUAUUAUACAGUACCAAGCCUUGUUCUCUAUAGAUCAUGUAACAUCAGACCACAGAGGGACAUUCAGAUGUUAUGGUUACUACAACCAAACUCCACAUUUGUGGUCAGUACCCAGUGAAACCCUGGAAACACACAUCUCAGGCCUGUCCAAGAAGCCCUCCUUGCUGAGUCACCAAGGCCAGAUCCUGGACCCUGGGAAGAGCCUCACCCUGCAGUGUUGCUCUGAUAUCAACUAUGACAGAUUUGCUCUAUACAAGUUAGAAGGAGGUAACUUUACCCAGCAUCGUGUCCAGUGGACCCAGAGUGGCCUCUCCUUGGCCAACUUCACACUGGGCCCUGUGAGAAGCUCUACUGGAGGCCAAUACAGAUGCUAUGGUGCACACAACCUCUCCUCUGAGUGGUCAGCCUCCAGUGACCCCAUGGACAUCCUUAUCAUAGGACUGGAAGGGUACCUGAAGGCUCUGGUCGGAGUCUCUAUGGCCUUCCUCCUGCUCCUCUUCAUCCUCAUCUUCCUCCUUCUCCGACGAAGGCAUCAGGAAAAAUUCAGGAAGGAUGCCCAGAAAGAUAUGGAAUUGCAACUUCCUACAGGAGCUUCAGAGCCAAUAACCAGAGACAGAGGCUCCCAGAAUAGAUCCAAUCCAGCUGCUGCCACCCAUGAAGAAAGCCUUUACACUUCAGCAGAGGACACACAGCCUGAGGAUGGUGCCAAGCUGGAUAGUUGGAGACCAGCUGAGGAAGACCCCCAGGGAGAGACAUAUGCCCAGGUGAAAGGCUCCAGGGUCAGCAGGACAGGAGCUGUCCUACCUUCUGUCAUGUCAGGAGAAGUCCUGGACACAAAAGAUGGACAAGCAGAAGAUGACAGAGAGAUGGACAGUCAGGCUGCUGAAUCCGAGGAAGCCCCGGAUGUGACCUAUGCCCAGCUGUGCACCAGGUCACUCAGACAGGGGACAGCUGCACCUCCUCCCUCCCAGGCAGAGGAAGCCCCAGAGGAGUCCACUGUAUAUGCUGCUCUGGCAGUCACUCAACAUGGCUCUGUUCCCAGUAACAAGGAGCAAUGACCCUCUGCCUGCUGGGAGACUGAACAGAGAUCUCCAAGGGAUUCUGUGAACUUUUGAGAACCUUAUUGCAUUUUAACUAACAUCAUACAUUUUGGAAAUA